ACACACACACACACACACACACACACACACACACACACACACACACACACACACACACACACAGGUUUCUCUGUGGUGCCAACAUCAACAUUAUAGCUCUGUUAUGCACCUGUGGUACUUUGUGUAGACAUUAUUCUCCUGUUUGCUGGAUUUAGGUUUGGAGAUAAACUCUAUAUUGGUAUUCUGGCAUCUGGAUGCAGAUGGUAUCAGAUAGCAUCUCCUUCACAUGUGGUGGUGUUUCUGGGCUGUUUCUGCUCCUGACUACAACACACCUGUUAGUUUUGAGUGUAGGGAGAACAUUGAAAAAUGUCUGGUUGGUUUUCAUGAUACUAGUUUUCACUUUGAAUAAUAAUCAGACCGAUGAUGGGAUGUGUAUCAUCAGAAAGCUCUCUCUUUAUUGGCUGUUUCAGAUGUCAGUCCAUACUCAAUUGACUAGUUAGGCUGUCACUCUGUGCUGUGGGUACAGUCCUAUCCUCUAGACAUGUACAGUAUAUGUCCUUUCUUGCCAAUAAAACUUUUUUUGUGUUUCAAUGUAUAUUUGAGGGAGAUAGACUGGUGGGUUCAGAGAGUGGUUAAGGCUUUGAGGGUGACUAGGUGAGGGGGUUACGCACAACAAAGAAUGGGAAAAAAGUACCGUAUGAAAAGAGAGAGAGCGAAAGGGGAAAGGCCCUCUGUCUUUCACACGCACUGUGUGACUGACAGAGCGCUUGAGCAGUGACUAGCGGAGACUUUGAGGCCUAACCAUGCUGUAGGCGCACUAAGAUAGUCACUCGGCAAGAGAAAGGACAGACAGAGAGAGAAGAGAGCAGAGAGAGAGAGAGAUCAAGACAGUGACAGUGACAAUUUGACAGUGAUUGUGAAUUGAGGGUGAGGGUGACAACAAGAAAGAGAGAGAGAAAUAGAGUUUGUGAAAGUGGGACAAGAAGACUGAGAAGUGGAGUGAAGACGAUGCGAGGAGACACUGUGUCCAAGAAGACUCAUUUGACUCAGAUUGAGGUGAUUCCCUGUAAGAUCUGUGGUGAUAAAUCAUCAGGAGUUCACUAUGGAGUCAUCACCUGCGAGGGCUGCAAGGGUUUUUUCCGGCGUAGCCAGCUGCCGUCCGUGUCCUACUCCUGUUCCAGACAGAGUAACUGUCCUAUAGACAGAGCCAGCCGCAACCGCUGCCAGAGCUGCCGACUGCAGAAGUGUGUGACCCAGGGCAUGAGCCGGGAUGCGGUGAAGUUUGGUCGGAUGUCGAAACGUCAGCGGGAGUCUCUGCAUGCCGAGGUGGAGAGACACCGUCAGCUGCAGCAGCAGCAUCUCCAGGCAGAGGCCCAGCCCGCCCUGCCCUACCCCAGCAAGGCAUACCGUUUCCGGACACCCCACCUGCUCCAGGCCCCGGCUCCGGCCUACUCCUUCCCUGGAGAGCCAGAGCUGCCACCCUGCCCGACCGAUGUGCUCCCCUACCUGGUGUGCUCCCCAGGCGAGUCCCAGGCUCCAAGUCUGGCCUACCAGGGCUCCUGUGUGUCUCCUGGUAGUGGGCACUCAGACGAAAGAGGGUUCGACUCCCGUCAGCCGUCUCCUGACCAGACGAUAGGGAUGGGAAUUAGAUCGUAUGACCCAGAAGACCCUUACUGCCCUUACUCCCCCUCCCCCUCCCUGCUACGCAUAGAGGAGCUGUGUGACAGUGUCGUGCAGUCCCAUAGGGACACCAGUCAGUUCAGACUAGAGGAACUACAGGCUCUGAGAUGGAAGUUGUUCAGUAGAGAGGAGAUCCAUGCCUACCAGAGCAAGUCAGUAGAUGAGAUGUGGCAGCACUGUGCCAUGAAGCUGACUGAAGCGGUACAGUACGUGGUGGAGUUUGCCAAAAGCAUCCCAGGGUUCCGUGGGCUUGGACAGAACGACCAGAUCACCCUGCUCAAGACUGGAUCGAUGGAGGUGGUUCUGGUUAGAAUGAGCAGGUGUUUUAACACAGAGAACAGCACCGUCUUCUUCGAUGGGAAGUUUGGCAGCACUGAACUUUUCAAGUCUCUGGGCUGUGGUGAUCUGAUGGUGGCGGUGUUUGACUUCGCUCACAGAAUGUGUGCCCUGAGACUGACUGAGCAGCAGAUGGCUCUCUUCAGCUCACUGGUGCUCAUUAACCCAGAUCGCCCCUGUCUUGAGGAUAGAGGCAGAGUACAUAGAAUGAGAAGAGACUUGGAGGUAUGCCUCAGCCACAUGCUACGCAGAGACAACCAGGAGAGCCUUCAGCACAAGCUCUACCAGAAGGUGUCAGUGUUGCGGUCUCUGUGCAGUCUUCACGUGGAGAAGCUGCACUGGUUCAGCCAGCGCUACCCGCUCACCGUCCACUCUGUCUUCCCUCCUCUAUACAAGGAGCUGUUCACCUCUGACCUGCCUUCUGUGGACUCCCUGUGAACUCCCUCUGAACUGCACCGUACAUGUUGACAGAUAAUUAGACAAAGAAACAUGCAUACAGAAGUAGACAGACACACACAAACACACACAAACACACACAGACACACAAACACUCAGAGACACAGACACUUAGAGACACACAAACACACACAGACACACAAACACUCAGAGACACAGACACUCAGAGACACAAACACUUACACAGAGACACAGACACACACAGACACUUAGAGACACACAGAGACUUAGAGACACACAGACACUCAGAGACACAUACACAGAGACACAGACACACAAACUUAGAGACACAGACACAUGAGAAUGCAUUGAUAACAUGAGAGGAAAUGACUUUGAAUGCUUCACUUGUUGAAUAAAUAUAUUUUUGUCAUUUCAGAGAGCAAUGAUUUGAUUUGAAGGUAAUUUCAGUAGCCUAUUAGUGAUUGGACAUUGAAGCGAUUUUCAUGCAAAAAAAUGUUUUAUAGAUUGUUGUUUUGUUUUUCCUUUUUGAGAGUGUUAUUUCGUCCUUGAGAUGAUGUUAUUUUGACUCAGGGCGGCUGUUGUGACUGUAUCCAGACCAGUUGCUAGCUGGUAUAAAUGACCAUAUUUAGAUGAUCACUAUGAAAUCUAAUGGGUGUUUUCUGAGUUGUUUUUAAAUGUGUGACUUUACAGAGUUGGCUAACCCAUCGGACUGAGUACCUGAGCUAUAGCCCAUGGGCCCCAUGCUUCAGGAGCCAAACACACAGUCAAGUAUAUAGCUAGUCUUCUCAAAGAACUGUGUGUGGAUCGAAUUUGACCAACAAUCCUAUCUGUCUCUAUCGAGCUUUAAAAGAGGCUGUGUGUUACAUUAAAACAGAGUCAGAAAUCAUAGACAGGCAGAAAUGUAAAUAUGAAUAAUCUAGAACAUAAAGUUGGAUGCUGGGUAAUAUGGGUAAUAUGUUAUAGGACUACAGUAUGUAGGUAGGCAUUUGAAUGACUAACUUUGGGCAUGACUGUUAUUGUAAACGUGUCAGAUUUGUUGCUUUAACAUGCUCUCUGUUAGUUUGUCUCCUAAGUGUUACCAUGGUGAUUCCCAUUGAAAAGGCUUCCAAUAAACUGCUGAUAUGAUUUAAAAAAUGACUGGUGUUCCUGUAUUGUCUGUUUUCCCAAUGUACAAAAUAGGAUGUUUAAUUGCAUGCCAGGAAGGGAAAGAGCUCGAAGAAACAUAGCAGGGGAGAGCUCAGUGCAUGCAGCUGCACACUGGUAGAAUUGACAUGUUUUAACGACACAUCUAUGAUAAAACACACACAGACAUUCCUGCUUUGAGCCGUCCUCAACGGUGUGUGUGUUUGAUUCAUAGACUACCCAAUGAGCUGAGUGUGUUCUAUCGACAUCUGUGUAUCAGCAGUGUGCGGAUGUCUGUUUUUCUUGUAUGACUUUACCUUCAGUACCUCGUAGCUGAAAGUAUCCUAACUGGAUGUGGGUACAGGACACCACUUCUUAACUGUGUGUGAGAGUGGCAGUGGCUGACACUCAGCUGAGCUUCGUUGUGUGUAUGGGAAGACUUUUGUUCCGUCUAAAACUGCCCGUUUUGGGAAAAUAAGUAAUGAAUGUAUUUAUGUGGAUGCCUUUGUUCGUCGUCUAUCUCUGUUGAAACCAAUCAAUCCUUCUACAGGGAAGAUGUUGAUUGGUGUAAGACUCUGGUUGUCCAACAGAGGUCAAAAUGUCCUUCUUAGUUGUCCUGGCUUGUAUGGGCUGUUUUCAGAGCAGAUUUUCAGAUGCAGCAAUGACUGUCUGAGAUGCGAUUUUCUCCUUCCCACCUUGUGUCUUUAGUCAGAGUUUGAAGCACUUUACACGUGCAGCUGCAGACUGGCAGUAUCGUGGUCUGGUAUAAUAUAAUGUUUACAUACCCUACAUGACUCAUCUCAUAUGUACAGUGGGGCAAAAAAGUAUUUAGUCAGCCACCAAUUGUGCAAGU